UCGGGGUGAUGUUACCGCGCUCUGGCAGUUGCUGCUAGCUUGAUACCUGGGAACAAUAAGAUUAAAGGACGCUGCUGGCGGCGUUCACUUUAAUCUUCCACGGCAAAAAAGCUUGUUUUGUUUAAGGUAUAUGAAGAUGGAACUAGUGAGAGAGCUUUCCCAAAACUUCUCUGUCCAGGCUGGUCCUGGAGACCCAGCCAAAUCCAUCCUCUCUGACAUGGAUCUGAGUAUUGCCCAGAACAUUGGGAGACAGCUUGCAGAGAUCGGGGACCAACUCAACUUGUGUUACCAUGACAACCACCUGAUCUUGUGGCCCCACCCUCUUCACAUGGUUCUGCAUGUCCAACGCCUGAGCAGGAACCUCCUCUACAGAGGAGUCCUAGACCACCACAUGGGGGUGAAGUCCAGGCUUGCAGGUGUCAGAGCAUGGCUGACCUUUCACUUCCAAAGUCAGGUGGUCAGGAGAGCAGAGGGGUGGAGAACCUGGAUCUUGCACAGUUGUCCUCCCCUGCCGUACGGCUGGGCUGCUGGACUACUGGCCACUGCACUCCUGGCCACUGUGGCCGUCUGCAUCGACUUCUGACAAGAAGAACCAGGGACAGUUUGCACUCCAGAGGCCAUAAGCUGGACUUGGGCCACAUUGUGUUUUUGCAACAGAAUUAUCGGAUUGGAGAGAUAUCUUUAAUAUCAUUGCUAUUUGAAUUUUUAUCUUCGCUCUUUUUAAAUGACAUGACAUUGUGUAUUAUUGUGAAGUGCGGGCUCACUGUUUUUUUUACGAUCAGGUGAACGGAGCAGGCUUCUCCAAUGCUGGAGCUGGCUCUCAGUGCUGUUAUUAUAACUGGGCGUGUUACUGGUUAACGGGACCAAAUGGUUUACACAGGUUGAUCCUGUUUGGUUUGUUUAGGGAGCCUUUACUGGGAACAGUAAAAGUCC